AUUUACAUUUGACUUCAUAUAACAUAAAAAAGUUGAAGUUCCCUGGUGGCACAUAGCCAGUUUCCACUACCUAGACCUUUGCAACCACUGUCAUGCGUCAUCUUAUUUUGUACUCAUAAUUUGCAGAGGUGCAGCAUUAAAGUCAGCUAUGGGCAAAGUGCCUUAAGUUAAAGUUGACUAAUGUGUGACUGCCAAAUACUGCAGAGAUUCACUGGUAAAACAUCUAUUUCAUCUCCUUCAGCUGCGGCCUGCAGAGCAGGUGAUGAAUAUUGUGGCUCAGGCAAUUCGGAAAUCUCGGUAGUGAAGCCCUGUGGUCUAACACUCACUGCCAGUAGCCCGGGAGGUAUAAAUAUGAUGCUGCACAGUGGAAUUUGUGUUUUCCCUUUUUUUUUUUUUUAAAGACCUUUCUCCACCCUUCCUGUGAGCACCCCUCCCCCCUUGAAUUACACAGAAAACCUGGCUUUAAACAGUAACUCUGAAUUUGGUAUAUCUUGGUCCAGUACAGGGGUUGCUGUGCGGUCUUGCUUCACCUCCUUUAUAUAAAUGUUUUCCAACACUGUUUUUACUUACAUGAUUGCAGGCUGUUCUUCCCCAUAAGACUAGGUUUUCUCCUGUUACACAGAGCUGAACUUUCCUGAAGACUAAAUUAGAGCUUGGAUCUUGUGCUUCGAUUCUGGCAGAAACUGGACAGCAAAGUAGAGGGGAAUGUUCUCAUUCAUAAUGAAGGGACCUACCUUACCAGUGUGAGAGGGGAAUCUCACAAGCAUACUGUGGAUUUUUUGUCUGUACGUGCUACUUGAUUGUCUAUCUUUUACUGACCCACCCAAAAUAGAGAACAAGGAUCGAACAAAAAUCAUCGUCCUGUCACUUCUGCCUGAGUUUUCUGGCUGAAUUUUAUGACACCUGCUGGAGAACCUUCAUUAGAAAUGGGGCAGCUCAUGCUGCAUCUGUGAUCAGCAAAGUGUUCUGCAUGGAGUAUAAGAAUCAAGUUGCCUUAAGUCAAACGAUAUGCAAGUUGCACUAAUUGUUGUAACUGUACUGCUGAUGCCACUCCAGACUUCGAUAGGGCUUUCGAAGGCAGUAGUUUCUCAUGUAGUUUGAAUGUUUUCAGCUGACAUUUGAAUGUUUUUCUUAAAUCUGGUGUGGCUAUGAAAAGUGUGGGGGAGGUGAACUUUUUCCUGUUUAGUUCAUGGUGAAUUUUGAAGUCUCACUUCCAAGUGUGAUCCGUGCUAUGGCAGCAACCUACAGGCUUAUGGUCAGUUCUGUGAACUGCUACAGCAGCGUGGUGAUAGACCAGCACUUUCAGCACACCGUGCAUUACUGCACAGGGACUUGCCAAGUGUUUAAGCGAGGAGUUACGUGCAUAGUUGCCCACCACAGUGUCUGCGCAGAGCUCAGUGUCCAAGAUGCCAACCUUGACCAUAAAAUCCCUGUUCCUGAAAAUGGACUUGCCUUGCCUGGAAAUGAGGAUUACCACCAAAUCCUCCCAAAUAAUCCAAGAAUCAAAAAGAACUCUUCAGUGCAAGCCUCGAGCAGUUUAAAAGACAUUACCGGUGAGGCGAUAAACCUUGCCAGUGGUAAAAUAAAGGAAUUCUCCUUUGAAAAGCUCAAGAACUCUUCCAGUCAUGUGGCCUACAGAAAGGGAAGGAAAGUUCGGUCAGAAUCAUUCAGCAGACGAUCAUUUGAUUUUGACUUGAUUUAUGGGCACUUCAACAAUGAUGAGAACUGCCCUCCAUGUGGCUUUUUGCAGAGUCCCUCACCUGUGGAGAAAUGGCAGGAGAGCAAUGAUGCUCCAGAAGUCAGCAUGAAUCCCAUAGUUCCCUUCUCCCCUCAUUCCUUCUCUGAAGAAAACUUCAUUACCCAGAUUUUGGAAAAACACAAGCUAGAUGGUUCUUCUGGUGGAGAUAUUAAGGUGUGCUUAGACAUCUUGCUCAAGUGCUCAGAGGAUCUGAAAAAAUGCACAGACAUAAUAAAACACUGCAUCAAAAAGAAGUCUGCAGACAGUGUUAGUGGAGGGAACAGCAAUGAUCCUCUGGCUAAUUCAGAAAUGAUAUAUAUGAAUUUGAUGACAAGAUUUUCUUCAUACCUGAAAAAGCUACCCUUUGAGAUCAAACCACCAGGACACAAGGAAGCUAGUGACUUGGCAGAACUAGUUAACUGUUUCCAUGGCUUGCAGCAAACUCCCUUUCCCCCAGUAUUUGGCGAUGAGCAGCCACCUAGAUAUGAAGAUAUUAUUCAGCUGCCGUCUUCAAGUGCUGUUCCUCUUGGACUAGCAGGUGAUCCAUGUGAGGUGACAAGCACCUCUCAGUCUGUCCAAACAAGUACUGUGAGCUUUACCUCAAACUCCCUUCACGGCGUCCCACAGGAGAACAGUGUGAGAGCUGUGAAAGAUGCUUGUGCUCUACCUCAGUUACCGGCCACAAGCCCUUCUGACUGCACGUCUUCCACUGAGGCUCUGUACAUUGAGGAGGAGUCUGAUGGGGAAAGAACAUUAGGGAAAAUAAAGAAGGCAGAGCAGAAAGGGGGCUGGGAGAGUUUAGAGCGCAGCUACCAGCUAGCUGGUUGUUCAGAUCUAUCUGCCGAUGCUCAAGCAGAACAUGCUAGAGUGGGAGAUGUUGAGCUCUCCCACGCUUCUGAGACAAUUAUUCCUUUAAAACCAGUUUCAGAUUCUGUAUCGUGUGGUUCCCAAGCUGAUGUCUCCAAAGGAGAACAGAUGUGUAGUAAGAUAGACAAGGAUGAGAUAGACAAACUGCUGCUGGACUUGGAGUGCUUCUCUCAGAAAAUGGAGAGUACUUUGAGGGAACCCUCCCUAAAGGAGAGUGAACCUGCCCGUUCGAAGGUGUUUGGCUGGCAGGGUAGGCAGGUACUACCUCUGGCUCUUGAACCCAAAAGUAAACCAGUUGACCCCACUUCUCCUUUAUCGAAAAUCAUGGAAACAAAUGGUCAUAAAAUGGAAGAGGAUGACAAAGCCCUUUUACUGCGUAUUCUGGAAAGCAUUGAGGACUUUGCCCAGGAACUGGUGGAAUUCCAGACAGGCAAAGGAAGCUUGUCCAAGGAGAGGGAAGUGAUGCAGAUUCUUCAGGAAACGUUAACAACUCCUUCUUCACAGUCCCUCCUUGCAGGGCAAAAAAGCUAUGCUGGGACUGCCUCCAGAGACUCUGUUCCAGCUUCCAUUCAGCAGGCCCCAGAAGUGAUUAAGGUUCAAAGUAAACAAGAGAAGAAACCUGGAACUUCAUCCCCAGUCCCUUUGAACUCCACGGUUAACCCUUGCACUCUUCUGCCUGUGAAUAAAGCCACCAGCAGUACCCCUUUGUCCAUAAACAUUCCACGUUUCUACUUCCCUAAAGGACUUCCAAAUGUCUGCACUAAUCAUGAAGAGAUCAUUGCCAGGAUUGAAGAAGCCUUUACAGAGUUUGAAGACGAGAAAGCAAACGUCUGUGAAAUGGGGAAAAUUGCUAAGAUAUGUGGCUGCCCACUCUACUGGAAAGCACCUAUGUUCAAUGCUUCGGGAGGAGAAAAGACGGGAUGUGUAUCUGUACACUGUUUUGUAUCUAUGUGGAGAAAAAUCCUACGUAACUGCCAUGAUGAUGCGUCCAGAUUCACGUACCUUUUAGCGAAGCCGAGCUGUGACUACCUGGAACAGGAAGACUUCAUCCCGCUGCUUCAGGAUGUGGUGGAAACGCAUCCUGGGCUGACGUUCCUGAAGGAUGCUCCGGAGUUCCAUUCCCGGUAUAUUACGACGGUUAUACAGAGAAUAUUCUACACAGUCAAUCGAUCCUGGUCGGGGAAGAUCACUUUAACAGAGCUGAGGAAAAGCAACUUCUUGCAAACUCUUGCUCUCUUGGAAGAAGAGGAUGACAUAAAUCAGAUCACAGAUUAUUUCUCCUAUGAGCACUUCUAUGUUAUAUACUGUAAAUUCUGGGAGCUGGACACUGACCAUGAUCUUUACAUCAGCCAGAAGGAUCUGGCUAGGUACAGCGAUCAAGCUUUAUCAAACAGGAUUAUUGAGCGAAUAUUCAGCGGUGCCGUGGUGAGAGGCAAUGAAGUUCAAAAGGAAGGCCGCAUGAGUUAUGCUGAUUUUGUGUGGCUCCUGAUUUCAGAGGAAGACAAAAGGAGUGCUACAAGCAUUGAGUACUGGUUUCGGUGCAUGGACCUGGAUGGGGAUGGAGUGCUCUCCAUGUAUGAACUGGAGUACUUUUACGAGGAGCAAUGUGAGCGGAUGGAAGUGAUGGGCAUAGAACCACUGCCGUUUCAUGACUUGCUGUGUCAGAUGCUUGAUCUCGUUAAGCCAGAGAGGGAAGGAAGAGUAACCCUGCGAGACCUGAAGAGGUGCAGAAUGGCUCACGUAUUCUACAACACCUUCUUCAAUUUAGAGAAGUAUCUGGACAAUGAACAGAGGGAUCCCUUUGCAGUGCAAAAGGACAUUGAAAACGAUGGCCCUGAACCCUCUGACUGGGACAGAUACGCUGCCGAAGAGUACGAGAUUCUUGUGGCUGAGGAGUCUGGGAAUGAACAGUUACAAGAAGGAUCAUUUGAAGAAGACUAUGACACAGAUGAAGUCUUAUCUCCCUCUGAAACUGGAGACAAGUCAGAUAAACUAGUUAUCUCAGACCUCUCAGCAUAGAUAAAUGGAAGACGUUUAAUCGAUAUUUUUCAAACUGGAUAGCAUUCAGUCCCAAGACACUUAGGGAUUUUUCUGAAAUCCAUCAUUGGAGCAAUGAUGUGCUUUAUUUUGUACACUGUAACUUGAGAACCUUUUUUCUCUUCCUGUGUAAUUGCAAUAAGGUGAUUUCUAUAAAAAGGCUUUUUACAAUGUGUUAUCGUGCACGCUCAUUAAAAAUGGUGAUUGCACCUUGUUUUGUUUAUAUAUAAAUUCUGUUAUGUCCCCAGAUGUGCAAUAAAUGCCAGCAUCUAAUGAUUAACUGUAGCAACUGCAUGCAACAUCUACAGUGGUCGUUUCUCUCUCAGUUCAGUCCUCUGCCAUUCUGUCCCCUUGACUCUAUACCAGGAGUGAUGAACUGCCAAAUCAACUCAAUUUAAAUGUAUGUCUAGAAAUCUUUCCAAACGCAAGUCACACUUUUUUUCUUAGUGUCCUGGAAACCAAGGCAACAUGACGGUGGGUGGGGAGAGUGAAGUCCCCUUUUGCGCUUUAAACCACAAGCUCUUGCAGUUGAUACUGGACAUAUUUUACUUGUAUGAAUCCGUGGACAGUUAAAGCACUACACGAUGUGAUGUUUCGCUAGGAAUUUGAGAUGUAGUUAACGUUUCUACCUAUUCUCCUGUGCAUAACAUCUUCCUCAGGCUAGUGUUUUGUCUCUGUAAAAGUAUUUUCUAGUAUAUUUGCAAACAAAGACACACAUGCUGUUCAGCAGGUGUGUUGAAACUGCGGUGUCUUGUGUGCACCGGUUCUGUCCCUUCCCUGUGUUCUUCCCCUCUCUUGCGUCGCUAACCUGUAAGCCUUCUCCAAGAGACUAAGCUGAGAUAAUGAAGAAAAAAACCCAACCCUAACCCAGUAUGCUAAAUUUCUGUUACCAGAGGGAUCCUUUAACUGGUAAAGGAAUUAGUAAUGUUGCCAAAAACUCAUUUUCCACCCAUGAAGUAGGCUCUGAUCUCAGAGAGGAAACACUAAUGAAUUCUUGCUUUGUGUGCAAAAUUAAACCGACUUUCCCCAUAGAAUCACAACUGGUGUCUCUGGUAAUAGCACAUGCUCUGCUGCGAAAGCUGUUCCUCCUUACCUAGGAGCUGUCUGUUACUCAGCACAGAGGUGAUUAUCACAUAUUCUUACCAGCCCUCUAUUUUAGCCAUCGUAGAUACACAGAUACUUAGGGGUGCUGGUGGACGAGAGGCUCCACGUGAGCCGUCAGUGUGCACUAGCAGCCCAGAAAGCCAAUCGUAUCCUGGGCUGCAUCAGGAGAAGCGUGGCCAGCAGGUCGAGGGAGGUGAUUCUGCCCCUCUACUCCACUCUCGUGAGACCCCACCUGGGGUACUGCAUCCAAUUCUGGAGCCCCUACUACAAGAGAGAUAUGGACGUGCUGGAAUGUGUCCAGAGAAGGGCCACGAGGAUGAUCAGAGGGCUGGAGCACCUCUCCUAUGAGGACAGACUGAGAGAGUUGGGGCUGUUCAGCCUGGAGAAAAGAAGGCUCCGAGGACACCUUAUAGUGGCCUACCAGUAUCUUAAGGGGGCCUAAAAGAAAGCUGGGGAGGGACUUUUCAGGAUGUCGGGUAAUGGUAGGACUAGAGGGAAUGGAUUAAAACUAGAGAUGGGACGAUUCAGACUGGACGUUAGGAAGAAGUUCUUCACCAUGAGGGUGGUGAGACACUGGAACAGGUUGCCCAGAGAGGCGGUGGAAGCCCCAUCCCUGGAAGUUUUUAAGGCCAGGCUGGACAGGGCUCUGAGCAACCUGAUCUAGUGGGAGAUGUCCCUGCCCAUGGCAGGGGGGUUGGAACUAGAUGAUCUUUAAGGUCCCUUCCAACCCUGACAAUUCUAUGAUUCUAUAAAAAAAACAGAUCUGGUACUUACCUUUUCCAGCUUGGGACAGGGUUCAGGUGUUGUAUUUUAUUUCAGCGAUUGUAAUUGUGCCCAGAUAUCACAGACUGGUUUGGGUUGGAAGGGACACCUCCCUCUAGACCAGGUUGCUCAAAGCCCCGUCCAACCUGGCCUUGAAAUACACGGUUGGUUGGCCUGUAUACCCUCACUGUAAGAGUAUCAAACCAUGCCUCCUCGGGCCAUCCCUGCCUGAAUCUCUGCCAGAACAGCCGAGAGAGCUGCCAGGGUCAGAUCUCCAGGCAGGCACCACUCCACAGAUCCCUUGUGUAGACACACACACACAAUUACCCUGGUGCAUUUUGUACAUAGAGACGCGAGCGCAAUGGAACGUUCAUCCCUAGGCGAUACCUCUAAGCAUUAACCACCAAAUAAGUCAUUGGCUGAUCGCUACAAUGCAGCUUCAACUUUUCCAGGAGCCUUUGAAGUGUAACGCCUGCCUCCCGAUGCCCAGGUGGGACACACUGCUGCCUUCUUGAGGUUAGUGACUCUCUCCUCAGGGUCAAAACCUGAAAGAGAGGAAGUUUUCGGUUAAGCUGGGCUCGGAGAUUUAUUCUCUUUUUCUUGAGCAAAGCUGCUAUUUUAUCUAGAUGCAUAUAUAUACCCCAGGAUCCUGGAUUUGAUAUUUGGGAAACUUCUGGAUGCCCAGGUUCUUAGCAAAGAUGCUGCAAGGCAACUUCCAUUCCACAGUAAAAGGUGACGUUAGCAGGGAGCACACUAACCAAACCAGGACAAGCCUCUUUGGAUGCAGCAGGCACACCAGAGCGGCUCUGUUCAGCAGCAGGGUGUUUGAAUCACGUCUCCGUCAUCACUAUAACCCUGAGGGGACAAGCUUCACUGGGGAGGAUUCCACAAAGGCCCAAAUGCGAAAGAAACGAGGAAAUGAUUGCAGAAAUGAAGACAGGAUGGCAGUUGCACAACCAGUAAUUGUAACCAGCUCCGUCCACUUUUUACCUGAAGAACCUGGCAAAGCAGUUCACCUCUUCUCUUCACCAUCUGGGUCCAGUGCGGUCUUUUAGUUUGAUGAAAUUUUACAUCUCUCCAAAGACAAAGAUUCCUCAAAGGAACAAGAAGAACCUGACCCCAUUCUAGGCUGAAACCAAACCUUCAUGUUACUUCAGCGCUGUCAGCUUUUAACUCCAUAAGCAGCAGUACUGGAAUGCCCAGUUUGCCAAUUAUGUAAAGUCCCAUUCCAGAAUAACUUAGUGAUAGUCUCUUUAAGGUUUUAACCUGGGAUAGCCCUGGCAUUGCCAUGAAAAGAAGCUUUCCUAGCACCGUACAGAACAACAUAAUAAUUCAGGUUGGAAGGAACCUCUGCAGGUCUCUGUUCCACCUCCUCACUCAAAGGCAGGCCAGCUUCAAAGUUAGAGCAAGUUUCUCAGGACCUCAUCCAGCUGAGUUUUGAAAAGUCUCCCCAGAUGGUGAUUCUACAACCUCUCUGCAGAUUACAUUUCCUCCUCCUCCUCCCCCUGCCGCCCCCCGGCGGGAGUUCAGAGCAACAUCCUUUUCCAGAAAGGAUGUAUAUUCCUGGGAACCCACAAUUUAGUUUUCACAGACGGAAGGAGUUAGCCAAAGGACUCGAGGACUCACCAGUUGAGCAAGCGACACCCUGUUCUCAGGCACCAGACGGGUGCUGGGACGCAGACACAGCCCGUGCUGGUACUCCAGCAGCCCCUGCCCUGGUGCAUCACGUUUGCUUUGGCAUUUCUGUUCUUGCUAGGCCAAACCUUGAGCCUACUUCUGCUGUUCCUGCUCUCGCGGGUCACCUGCCGCUUCAGAAUCUUUCCUUGUUCUCCUCCUUUGCCUUUUGCAGAGAGGCUUUAACUCAACCCAUGGCAUCAAUCCAUCCAGAUUUCCGUCUCACACCAGUCUGCCUGAACUGUCACCAGCUUCCUUUUCAAAGUCUGGCUUCGAUAAACGGAGCCAGAAGCUCGUGGCUGCUCUGCUGAGCCCUAUGGCCCCCAAACCCAUGGCUCUCUCUUUCACAAACAGAGGUUUGCUGCUGCUGUGACAAAAAGAGUGAUUCAAAACUUGAAAAUUCCUGCUUUCUAGUAGGGCAACACAAAAAGCCAAUCAGAAAAAAACUGAACUUACAGCAAAUGUUUUUCCUUAUAUGUGAAUAUAAGGACAAGCUACAAAAGCCUGCUAUCAGUGCAAAACUUGCAGCAACUUACAUUAUUCACUCCAGGAGUAGAAAUCCAUUCUCCUUCACCAUACAUUUGAAAAUAACCCUAAUUCAGCAGCCACAGGUGAAUGAGUAAAGGAGGCAGAGGUUUAGAAACCCUCUGGAUGGACGGUUUCUAAAGCUGCAGUACAUAUAAGCAAGGUAAAUUUGGGAACUCCUGUCCUCCUUAGCUUUUCUUUCCGGGAUAGUCAAAACACCAGUUUGUGAGCGCAGGCACCAGCAGCUCAGAGCUCGGCAGGUUCUCGGGCGUGCGCAGCCCGAGCUGAGCCCCCACGCCACCCACGGCCCUUCGUCCCCCGUCUCAACUGUCCCUGCCCCUGCCCGUGCUGCAUACCUUUGGCCACAGCUCUCACGGUUCUCACUGUAAAUCCAGCUCAGGCUCAAGUCUUGUACGAGCUGGAUUCCUUUUGCCUUAUGAGUAGUCAGAAAAGGGAGUGAAAUUCGGUUUUGCAUGAUAAACAAAACUUACAUUUGUGUGUGUUUGUUCUCUCUAGUCUGCUUUUGUCUAGCAAAAUUAAGCCCCGUGUGCUUUACAAAGCCCUUUCCUUCCUUUUACAUUCACAAAUAUUCUCUCUGCAGUACUGAGAUACGGUGUGAUACAACAUGCAAUAACUGCUGGAACGCCGCCAGCUUGAUUUAUUUCCCAUCCCCCCCCCAUUCUUUUCCCUGAAAUCUCAGCAGUGAGCGCUGCAUCGCGGCUUUGGCUCCCGGCACCCAGGCAGCGACCUGGCUCCCCUUCUUUGCUCUGCCACCGCGCGGCAGCGCCGCAAAACAGGCCUGGGCAGCAGAAAAGAAAAAAAAAAUAAAAAAAAAAAUAAAAUAAAAGAAAAAGGAAAUUCCAGACAGUCUCAGGUUUACAGAAAAUGUUGCGGAAAACCUUCCUCCUCUCCUGCACCAAGGAUUUAAGCAAGCGGACUCGAGAUACUCUAACCAAGGGACCGUCCUUACUUUCUGAAACAAAAUAUGCCUGAAAGGCCAAAAAAAAAAAAAAAAAAGAGGUCCCUGAAGUGGUUAACGGUAUGUAUUUUUGGAGUGCGGCAUUUCUACAUCACAGCAUCUUAGGUCUAUGCAAUCAGAAACGAACCUCAAUGAAGCGCGUGAACUACUGUAAGGAGGACACAAACGGCGCUUACCCUCCUUUUGGUCUACUCUUACCUGUAUCACUCAGUGGGUGGGUUUAGAAACUGAAUAUUUAAUAACAAAGGUUCUCAUAAUUUGUAAAAGUAGUUUGGAGACAUUUUGUGCUGGCAUGCUUUUAUCUUUGUAUUUUUACUUUGUAUUUUCUUCCAUUUUUUUGGCAAAUAAAGGACUUUGGAAUUUCAGAA